AUGUCACGGAGGUGGCCGGAGGAGUUGGAGGAGGAAUUUUCCGAGAACUUCCAGAGAGCUGUCACUGUGCUCGGAUACCUGUACACAUUUUUCAUCCCGCUGCUCAUUGUGCUGGGCCUCAUUGGAAACGGGCUGUCCUUCGUCACAUUCCUGUUCACGCGACUCAAGGUCCGGGCGUCAAGCUUUUACCUGGGGACGCUGGCGCUCUCAGACUUCGGCUACCUUUUUCUCAUGGCCUUCGUCUGGCUCGACAAGCAGGGAGUAAAAAUGCUGAACAAGCGCGGCAUGUGCCAGGGAAUCCUCUACCUAUCAUCGGCGUUCAGCUUCUGGUCCGUGUGGCUCACUGUGACCUUCACCGCGGAGCGCUGCUUCGCCGUCCAGUGCCCCCUUUGGAGGCUUCAGCUGGGUACAAGAUGCCGUGCCCGGAUCACAGUCGGCGUGACGGCGGCUGCCUCUUUGUUGCUCAAUGCCUACCUGCUCCUGCUCACUGAUGUGAUCGUCGAAGAAGAUGGUGCCUCAGCCUGCCAUCACAGACCGGAGUUCGAACAGAUCCUGCACUACACCAACAUCAUGGACACGGUGGUCACACUCAUAGUGCCCUUCAUCCUGAUUGUUAUCAUGAACUUCAUGAUCGGCCGUGCUCUGUACCUCUUCAACGCACGUCGAAGGCUUCAGCGAGUCAACAGCGUACAAAUGAACUCUGGAGACCAUGACAACCACAACACUUCGAGCGGCUGCUCGCCGACGACGAGCAACAAGGUCAUCGCCACCACGGUGUCCGCCAACGGCUGCACGCAGGUGCACCACCAGUACCCCGAGCGGCUGCUCAUGAACCCCAGCCAGAUCAGCGUGUCCCGCAUGCUCUUCCUCGUGUGCAGUGUCUUCAUCAUCCUCAACUUGCCCAGCUACGUGGUGCGUAUACACGUCUUCGUGCUGUCCAUCAGCAACCAACCGGUGCCGGACUACGUGUUGCUGCUGCAACGCUACUUCAUGCUCCUGUACUACACAAACUUCGCCGUCAACUUCAUCCUCUACAACCUGGGCAGCCGCAUCUUCCGGCGCAUGAUGAAGCAGUACGUGGCGAGAAAGUGGCGCACGUUGAGCUCGCUUUGCCGCUCCUCGGACAGCUUCGAGUCCAGCGCGGGUGUCGCCGAUGUCGGCUCCUUCAAGCCCCGCAAGGAGCACAGCGCGCCGGGCCGGCAAAAGGCGCUGGCGAAGACGUGAUGCCGG